GCAGCUCUGCUUCCAGGAAAGCCCAAACACAGGCUGUGCAGCAGCGAGGCUGUCAUGGCGGCUCCGACUUUUCAGCCAGGAUGCAGCCCGCUGGUGCGGAUCUGCGUUCUCCUGGUGUGCCUGUGGGGAAUCGGGGCCGAAGAGAUCCGCUACUCGGUGCCUGAGGAGCUGGAGAAGGGCUCCCUGGUGGGCGACAUCGCCAAGGACCUGGGGCUAAAGCCGCGGGAGCUGGUAGGGCACAGAAUCCGCAUCAUCUCCGAAGGUAGGGCACAGCUGUUCGCUCUGAAUUCGCGCAGCGGCAGCUUGGUCACAGCGGGCCGGCUAGACCGCGAGGAGCUCUGUGACAGAGCUCCAACGUGUGUGGUAAACCUGGAGAUUCUCCUGGAGGACACGGUGAGGAUUGUGGGCGUGGAAGUGGAGAUACUCGAUGUGAAUGAUAAUGCGCCUAGCUUUGCAACAGCACAGAGGGAAAUAAGAGUGAUUGAAAUUGAAUCUCCAGGAACUAGAUUUCCUCUUCCAGAGGCUUUUGAUGCAGAUGUGGGGGUGAAUUCCCUACAGGGUUACCAGCUCAGUUCCAAUGGUCACUUCUCCCUGGAUGUGCAAAGUGGGGCAGAUGGGAUUAAGUACCCAGAGCUGGUGCUGGAGCGCACCCUGGAUCGCGAGGAGAAGGCGUCUCACCAGCUUGUCCUCACUGCCUUCGAUGGAGGUGACCCGGUUCUCUCUGGCACGGUCAGCAUUCAUAUCUCACUUAUAGACAUCAAUGAUAAUGCUCCCGUGUUCACUCAGCCCGAGUACCACAUAAGCGUUCGAGAGAACGUGCCUGUGGGCACGAGGCUCCUCACCAUCAAAGCCACAGACCCGGAUGAAGGAACCAACGGAGAAGUGGCUUAUUCUUUCCGGAAAGUGAGGGACAAGAUAUCCCAGCUAUUCCAGCUGGAUUCUGUGAGUGGGGAGCUAAAGGUCCUGGGUAAGCUAGAUUAUGAGGAAUCUGGAUUCUAUGAUAUCGAUGUUGAAGCCCACGAUGGACCAGGUCUCCGAACCAGAACCAAACUCCUGGUGACAGUCCUGGAUGUGAACGACAAUGCUCCAAAAGUGACAAUGACCUCUCUCACCAGUUCAAUCCAGGAGGCUUCUCCCCCCGGGACUGUGAUUGCACUGUUCAAUGUGCAUGACAGUGACUCUGGAGAGAAUGGCCUUGUCACGUGUUCAGUCCCUGAGAGUCUGCCCUUUAUGCUUGAAAAGGCUUAUGGAAACUAUCACCGGCUGCUGACACAGAGGGCGCUGGACAGGGAGGAGGUCUCAGAGUACAACAUCACUGUGACUGCAACUGACCAGGGGACCCCGCCCUUGUCUACAGAAACUCACAUCACACUGCAAGUGGUGGACAUCAAUGACAAUGCGCCAGCCUUCCCUCGCACUUCCUACUCUGCCUACAUUCCUGAGAACAACCCCAGAGGAGCCUCCAUCUUAGGCAUGACUGCCCAGGACCCCGACAGUGGAGACAAUGCCCAAGUGACUUACUCCCUGGCUGAGGACACCGUGCAGGGUGUACCGCUGUCCUCCUACGUGUCCAUCAACUCCAACACUGGUGUCCUGUAUGCACUGCGCUCCUUCGACUAUGAGCAGUUCCGAGACCUGCAGCUCUGGGUGACAGCCAGUGACAGUGGGGACCCACCACUCAGCAGCAAUGCCUCCCUCACCCUCUUUGUGCUGGACCAGAAUGACAAUGCCCCUGAGAUCCUCUACCCCACCAUCCCCACCGAUGGAUCCACAGGUGUGGAGCUGGCACCCCGCUCCGCAGAACCCGGCUACCUGGUGACCAAGGUGGUGGCAGUGGACAGGGACUCUGGCCAGAACGCCUGGCUGUCCUACCGGCUGCUCAAGGCCAGUGAGCCAGGGCUGUUCUCUGUGGGGCUGCACACGGGCGAGGUGCGCACAGCGCGGGCCCUGCUGGACAGAGAUGCACUCAAGCAGAGCCUGGUGGUGGCUGUCCAGGACCACGGGCAGCCGCCUCUCUCGGCCACUGUCACGCUCACAGUGGCCGUGGCCGACAGCAUCCCUGCAGUGCUGGCUGACCUGGGCAGCCUCAAGCCUUCCGUGGAAGCUGAUGAGGCAGACCUCACUCUGUACCUGGUGGUGGCAGUGGCCACAGUGUCGUGUGUCUUCCUGGCCUUUGUGAUUGUGCUGCUGGCACUCAGGCUGAGGCGCUGGCACAAGUCGCGAUUGCUCCAGGCAUCAGGAGGUGGGCUGUCAGGCGUGGCUGCGUCACACUUGGUGGGCGUGGACGGGGUGCAUGCUUUCCUGCAGACCUAUUCUCAUGAGGUGUCCCUGACGGCGGACUCGCGGAGGAGCCACCUCAUCUUCCCUCAGCCCAACUAUGCAGACACGCUGCUCAGCCAGGAGAGCUGUGGGAAAAGCGAGCCUCUCCUGGUAGCUCAGGAUUUACUGGAAACCAAAGAAGGCUUGAAGCUGCCUCCGGUGAGUUCUUUCCUUAUCCAAAGUGAUGAAGCACAGUCAUGCCAAUGCCAUCAUUACUGA